UCAAUAAUUCCAUCGGUAUUCUUAGCUAGGAUGAAAACAAUAUCUGUAACGCAUAUUCAAUUUUUACUGUCUUUGGAUUUAACUGAAGAGAAAGGUGUCUUCAUAGCUGAGUGAUGACACAGUGAUUUGAAGAACAUUCUAAAAAAGGUGGUGGUGCCAUGGCAACAUUCCAAACAUUCCAAGGGACCACAAUCACAUUUUGACAAAGACAAGGCUGGACUUAGCAGCAGCAAGGAACAAACAGCAGAUGUUUUGAAAAAACAAUCAGCCAUGAAUGAGAGACCAAAUAUCAUGUAUUGGACAUUUUUUCAGGACAGGACACAUUAAUCAUUAGUGGUAUAUUUGAUUCAAAGACUGAUUUGAUUGCAUUAGGACAUGAAUGACAAGCAAGAGAAAUUGUUUAAUCAGCUUUUCUUCCCAGGGGCCAGAAACCGCGCUGGACAAGCUCAAAAGCUACACGACCAGCCGUGAGGUUUCCAUGAAGUCGUGGAUCAUGGAGAAGCUGGAAGAGGAGCGCCGGUUCAACCGGAGGGAGAGCGAUCUCCUGAAGAGCGAGGUGCUCCACAAGCUCCAGCAGACCCAACUGUCCAGGUGGACCGCCGUGGAGACCAGCUGGAGCGCCCUGAACGAACGGGGGUCAAGCGAAGUCAGGGAGCGCCUGAGAGAGGUGGAGAGGGAGCUCGCCAACCUCCGAAAUGUCCGAAGGAUAGAUGAGGUGGACAGGAUGGCAGAGAGAAUAGCCAAAAUGGAGAGACAGAUGGCCAAGAUGGAGGAGGAGCACGCGCAAGAGAGGAAGGAGACGGCCGAACGGGAGAGCGAGAGAAAGAGGGCGAUGGAGGAAGAGAAAGUGAGAGAGAGGAGGGAGUUGGAGGACGAGAGGGCAAGAGAGAGGAGGGAGAUGGAGAGGCGCAUCUCGCAGAUGGAGGAAGAGAGAGCGAGGGAGAAGAGAGAGAUGGAGAGAAUGGUUCAGCAGAUGGAGGAGUGGAGGGUGGAGCGAGAGAGGAUGAAGCGCAGGCAGGCUGCGAUGGAGAGAGUGGUGGAGGACAUCGAGGCCUGGUUCAGAAAAAGGGACGACUCAGUCCUCCUGAGGACAGAGGUGGCGAUCACGCAGAUGGAGGACCGGUUUGAUCAGAUCGAGGACUCCCUUGCGUCCUUGCGCGAAGACAGCCAACUGAAAAACGAGCUGGAGACUUUUGUCUCCGACAUACAGAAGCUGUACUCCAAAAAGUUCCAGGAGACCGCGGACCACAUUGACAAGUCGUUCAAGAAGUUGAGUGACCGCUGCAUCCUCAAAAGGACCCAAGCUAUGGUCCAACAGGACCAGGGGGACCAACAACGGGAGAGGCUCUCGGUGGACAGAGGAAACGUCCACAGAGCCGAGGUGAGAGGCGGCAAGAGACGGAGAGCGAGGAGGAGGCAAGAUCGAGAGGAGCACUCCCGGAGCUCCACGGAGAGGAGAGAGAGGGAGAGUCCCAGGAAAUGGGCACAGGUGGAGGCCAGUGAGACCUCCAGCACCUCUAGUGCUAAAGCAGGCUGGACGUCAGAUGAAGGGCCCAGCGAGACGGUGAGUGAGCUGUCGGUCAUUACGGAGGGAAAGGAAAAGAUUGAAAAAAGAGGAUUCUUCAGCAAGCUGUUUAAGAAGAAUAAAGGGAAAAAGGCAUAAAUCCCUUUUCUCUUUCUCAUCUUCAUGACGGUCUUUAAUAAACUGUGUUCAUCUC